AUGGGCUACAAGGCCGGCAUGACCACCAUUGUGCGCGACCUUGACCGCCCUGGUGCGAAGAUGCACAAGAAAGAGGUCGUUGAGGCUGUCACUGUCAUCGAGACCCCUCCUCUGAUCGCCGUCGGUCUCGUCGGUUACAUUGAGACUCCGCGUGGCCUGCGCUCCCUGACGACCGUCUGGGCUGAGCACCUGUCAGAUGAGCUCAAGCGCCGCUUCUACAAGAACUGGUACAAGUCCAAGAAGAAGGCUUUCACCAAGUACGCCAAGAAGCACUCCGAGAGCUCUGGCGCCAGCAUCACCCGCGAGCUCGAGCGCAUCAAGAAAUACUGCACUGUUGUGCGCGUGCUUGCCCACACCCAGAUCCGCUCUACACCUCUGAAGCAGAAGAAGGCACAUCUCAUGGAGAUUCAGAUCAACGGUGGCUCCAUCGAGGACAAGGUCAGUUUCGGCCACGGUCUCUUCGAGAAGCCAAUCGAGAUCGACACCAUCUUCGAGCAAGAUGAGAUGAUCGAUGUCAUUGCCGUCACCAAGGGGCACGGGUUCUCGGGCGUCACCUCGCGAUGGGGUACCAAGAAGCUACCGCGCAAGACGCACAAGGGUCUGCGCAAGGUUGCCUGUAUUGGUGCCUGGCAUCCGUCUCACGUCCAGUGGACCGUUGCCCGUGCUGGUCAGGACGGUUACCACCACCGCACUUCUGUCAACCACAAGGUGUACCGCAUCGGCAAGGGUACCGAUGAGAAGAACGCCGCCACCGAGUUCGACGUCGUGCCCAAGACCAUCACCCCCAUGGGCGGCUUCGUCAAGUAUGGCGAGGUCAAGAACGAUUACAUCAUGCUUAAGGGCAGCACGCCGGGCGUGAAGAAGCGAGUCAUGACCCUCCGCAAGAGCAUGUACCACCACACCAGCCGCAAGGCUCUCGAGAAGGUCGAGCUCAAGUGGAUCGACACCAGCAGCAAGUUCGGUCAUGGUGCCUACCAGACUCCCGCCGAGAAGCGGCAGUUCUUGGGUACGCUCAAGAAGGAUCUCGUCGCUGCCUCGUGA